AUGAGCACCUCCCGUGCAGAAUCCCAGCAGCCUCAGUUCAAUCGCAGAAGGUCGAAUACCGCCCAAUCUCUCCUCAGGCCUGUGCCUCCACCAGUCCCAUGCCCGCCUUUGGAAAUCGGGGACACCGUUGUGCUCAAUUCAUGGGUGCACGAUCCAAAGGAUAACCAGAAUGUCACAUUUAAUCAUGCACGUUGGCCAGGCAUAACGGAGGGCGAGAUGAUUAGCGUAACUGCUAAUGGCAUGAACGAGUCCUUUUUCUUCAUCGUACCGAAGGAUGAUGGGUCAAAUAAGCCUCAGCUGCAGAUUUCUGUACCUAAACCGCUUGCAGAAUCCUUCGGCGUGAGGAACAAUGGCGAGGUCACUUUGAUAAAGGUUGAUAGGGAGCUGCACUGUGCCGACUACGUAGAAUUCAUAUUUCAGGAUCAAUAUAUGGGACGAAAUGAAAUGUGGCGCCUUGGCGAGCAUCUCGCUGGGCAGUGUGUUUACACGGAUCAGGAAGUCAAUUUCAUAGGGAGUGGUGUCGCCAAGAUACAAUGUAUUUUCGUUGACGGUAAAAAAGUAUCUGCCGCUUGCAUGACAUCUCGGACUAAGGCGAUAUAUCGCUCUUUAUCAGCCAAAGUGACCAUCUUUAUCCAAGUCUGCCGAGAACUCUGGGAGUUUGCCGGAGAUGGCGAACGUUAUAAUGAGAAAAUCGUUCACUCAUUUCUUCCUUCGCUUUUCGCUAAAUGGAAAGAAGCCGGCACAAACCAUACCGUCACUAUCGCCCUCAUAUCUCGCGUCUAUUAUGAUGAGUCCGAGAUUGACUAUGCAGCAGGCCCAUUGCGACGAGAUGACCGUGGCCAGUGGUAUAAAGACUUUUAUAAGGUCAUAACGGACCUUGAAGUGAUAUACGAGUGGAAGCCAACGCUUGUCAGUCUCAAGAAUUCAUUCUGGGAUUUUCAACGCGACAUCCUGCUCACCCACCAUUACCACCGGGCACAUCUGGAGGGCAGCUCCGGGUCAUCAGAGCAAGUCCGCCUAGUCGGUCGUCUUUCUUACGCCCAUGAUGGUCCGAUCCUCGAGGCGUUGAACCUCGGGCUAAAUCCGGCGGAAACCCAUUAUAUUGAUCGUUCUCUGCUUCUCACCGGGGCUGCCACCAUGCUUAUUACCCCAGGAACAGGCUAUUUUCGUGUUUCCAAGCACCUGCUUAGACUUACCACUACUCGGAUGCUUGAUCAAGGAUUUGGUCUAGAUUUGAUUUGUCUCGAGAAACCGCCCCUUCAUUCGAGUCCUAUCUUUAGUUUUCAAGGCGUGCAGCCCGACUCCAAAGUCGCUGUCCCUGGGUCUCGUGAAAUGGACCCUCUCUGGGGUGGGGACGACGAUUCUUCGCAUGACGCGAGGACGAAAGCCACGUUUUGGUGGGAGCCUUUUUGGAUCUCAGUAUCCUUUUGGGAUAAGCAAAUGGACCUUCCCUUCCGCCAAGACAGAUUUAUUGCCCAGGCCAAAAUGCAUGAAAUACAGAUGCUGGGACUUUUGGAACACGAUGUGCUUUCCAGCAUUGAGGUGCCGUAUCUAACUGACGACCCUGAGCCCACUCCCCAUGAAGGUGCCGUCAGUAGCGGCAUCCCCCUCACACUUCAAGCAGCACACCGAUUUGACAACGAUGUAUUUACACUUCGCGGCAAAUCGCAACAGGCACCGGCAGCCAAUCGUAAUUCUGCUACAUCAUCUGCAAGCCCACCCUCCACAUCUCGUAUGACGGCUGAAAAGCGCCCUUCUCACCGUAACUCAUUGGUUGCCCCUAAAAUCCCACCCAUCGAAGAAAGUCCAAAAAUCUGCAUUGCUGAACUACCGCCGGAAGACACUCCGGAUCUAUCCUCGUCCGCUUUGUUUGCAAAAACCCGAACUUCAUCUCCAUCUCAGUCGUCGAUCCGUUCACUACGUUCCAAUUUAUCUACCUACUCUUCAAAGAGGAGCACAAAGAAGGAGAGCCCGUCGCGUGAAUCAAUUUCAUCGAAAUUCGCACCUUCGUGGUUGUUCAAGCCAUUCAGAAGCGGCCCUGUUGAGCCUCAGACAACUACUGUGUCAGCAUCAGCGAUUUCAACGCCACAUACAGAUACCACAUCAUCGCCACCCACCCUUUCCUCUUCCGUCUCCACAUCAUCAAGUCUGGUGGACCAUGGACCCCAUGUGCCUCAACCAAUGGCAAUUAAAGGCAGAGGGAUACUUCGUCCGAGUUUAAACCGUAUGUUUGAAAACGAUACUCUUUCCACCCCACGACCAUCGGGACGACCUACAGGUAGCUCUCCUAAAAAUGAUCUUCCCUCCAUUCUAAAACGUCGCGGAACGACCAGCUCUAUCACCGCCUCAUGGACCUCUUCAUCCCCUAGCUCGCGGGCCAAUCCAUCCAACCCCCAAACCAUUGUCUCUUAUGUCCAAUCAUCCCUCGCCGCUCGAUGGCAGCACACGUUCCCUCAACCUUCCUAUAAGCACGAGAUCAAAUGGAAGGCUAUUGUCACACCUGGAUGUUUACCUCUUUCGGUGGAGUACUUCCCCACAACGGCUGAGCUCGAGAACGCGUACGAUGUCUUUUCAUAUGACUUUGUUGUGGACCCCGGUGAAAUGCGCUCGUGUCUUGUAAAGCCUCCUAUGGUGAAGGGAAACGCAGAAGAUCAACGUCGUGCUUGGGCGCUUGUAGUUAUGCGAGGCAUGGCUGCCGUCCGACUGGCACAAGGGUUUCAGUUUGUGUUACAGAGAAAACAGAAGAGUCAGGACGUCAACGGAAUGGAGGAGGAGGAGGAGGAGAAGUCUACAUUUCGACGCCAUCAGUCUUUUGUAGGUCUCACAGAUGACGACAUUCCCAAGCCUUGGGGUGCGGCUGAAGUUCUAAAGUCCACGGCCAAUCCGGUCUACCUCAGUAUGAGCAACGAGAUUCAUCGAAUCUCGUACACCGGAGAGGCUAUUCAAGUGAGACGUUACGUUCGAAGAAUGCCCUCUAGUCAACCUUUCCACUAUGAAUGUUUGAUAUGGCCCAAGCUCGGUGUUGGUUAUACACAACAAUCGACGACCUUUACCUCCCAUGGCCUGGAGAAUUACGGCUGGAAUCGAUUGGACAUGCUUGUCGCAGGGUACGAACACCAGUUCAACGAAUCCCUUCGUUAUUGGAGAACACGGUUUGUAGUGAUACCCACCGUAAAGCUACCCACUGUUUCCGUUGGUCCCGCGGGCGAAACAUUGAACGAAGAAGAGAUACGUAUUUUGGGCAUUGAAAAGCUGGCCGAGCAUUUCACCAAGGUGCGCUGGCAGCCACCUGAUGAAAAGCAGGCGCCUCCUCCAGUUCGAUUCCUGCCAACGACACACUCACCAGCGGCUUCCGUCCUCGACAACGCGCUGAUGGACCAGUUGGAUCAAAUCCAUGCUGCUGGUCCUCUUCGCAAGAAGAUGAAAAGCGAGCGGGAGAUUGGUGAUAUGUCUCUUGCAUCGAUUGCCAAGGCCAUGCGAGAAGAAGACGGUGUUCCCAUCAAGCAUAAUCAAUGGCAUCGCUCCCGCUAUCCGGACUCUUUCACAGGCUUCGAUUUCGUCUCCUGGCUCUGUCGUGAAUUCCGGGAUGUCUCGUCUCGGUCUCAAGGGACAGAAUGGGGAAUAAGGCUCCAAGAACAAGGGUUGUUCGAGCAUGUCCGAGGGCAUCACAACUUUUUAGAUGGGCAUUACUUCUACCGUCUGAUAGGUGAAUACGCUAUACCCUCCACCCCGCGCUCGUGGUUUGGUCCUCGAUUGGAAGCAACCAACUUGCGUGCCGGUAUCUACCCUUCUAGUGUGGCCAGACCGAAGCAUGUCCGUCAAGCCAAGAAAAGGUUAAUUCUCAGUCAAAGUAUGGUCAUUGAUAUCGACACCACCAAGCGGAGCGACCAAGCAGAGACUGUCGUUCUCCACCAUGAUAUCAUCCACAACCCGGCCACGGUGUUCCAUUUCGAACUUCAGUGGAUUGGCACGACAGGCAGAUACAUCGAAGACCAACUCCGACAGUGGAACAAGACCAUCGAGCGAUACGGACUGAAACUUGUAGAGGCGUACGUUACUCAGAUAAGCGACAUUCGAGAUCGAAAUGCGUUCCAGUCAUGUUUUCCAUUACGACUAGCCCUGCCACCACCUAUAGUGCCCGAUCUUCAGAGUCGCGUGCCGGAGGGCACUCAGACCGCACAUUACUUCGAGUAUGCCCUUUUACGGAACUUUGGAUUCAUCUUGGACGUCGAAGCUUCGGAUCUCUACCCAGAGCAAGUUGACGUGGUGUACUCGUACCGGAGGUCACCAUACAAGUACUCACAGUUCGUGCACCGCUCUGGCGUCGCGUUUAUUCAAGUGGUGGGUGGUUCGCAGGGAUUCCUGUUCUUGACGAAUAGGCUGAUGGGUCCCGGACGGAUGGGCACGACGAUGAGAGGCAAGGAAAUGCGUCCAGCUGCGGCAGCGGAUGAUAUCAGAGUUAAACUGCAUAACUUUUGCUCGGAUAAGGAGGCUCUGGACAAGUUCUACGAUACGGAAAUUGCUUUACUCAGACGAGGACCUGAUGAUCCCCCGGACCCUCCUCCAUUGAGUAUCUAG